UAGGUGAUGGAGGUGGAAGAAGGGUUGGGGGGUGGUCGGCUAUGGUGGACGGGUGUGGGUGAUGGAAGAGGGGGAAGGGUUGGAGGUGGUCGGCUAUGGUGGACGGGUGCGGGUGAUGGAGGAGGAAGAAGGGUUGGCGGUGGUUGGCUAUGGCGGACCGGUGUGGGUGAUGGGGGAGGAUGAAGGGUUGGAGGUGGUUGGCUAUGGUGGACGAGUGUGGGUGACGGAGGAGGAAGAAGGGUUGGAGGUGGAUGGCUAUGGUGGAGGGGUGUGGGUGAUGGAGGAGGAAGGAGGGUUGGAGGUGGUCGGCUAUGGUGGACGGGCAUGGGUGAUGGAGGAGGAUGAAGGGUUGGAGGUGGUCGGCUAUGGUGGACGGGCGUGGGUGAUGGAGGAGGAUGAAGGGUUGGAGGUGGUGGGCUAUGGUGGACGGGCGUGGGUGAUGGAGGAGGAUGAAGGGUUGGAGGUGGUUGGCUGGUGGACGGGUGCGGUUGAUGGAGGAGGAAGGAGGGUUGGAGGUGGUCAACUAUGGCGGACGGGUGAGGAAGGAGGUUUGGAGGUGGUCGGCUAUGGUGGACGGGCGUGGGUGAUGGAGGAGGAUGAAGGGUUGGAGGUGGUCGGUUAUGGUGGACGGGCGUGGGUGAUGGAGGAGGAUGAAGGGUUGGAGGUGGUUGGCUAUGGUGGACGGGUGCGGGUGAUGGAGGAGGAAGGAGGGUUGGAGGUGGUCGGCUAUGGCAGACGGGUGUGGGUGAUGGAGGAGGAUGAAGGGUUGGAGGUGGUUGGCUAUGGUGGACGGGUGUGGGUGAUGGAGGAGGAAGAAGGGUUGGAGGUGGUUGGCUAUGGUGGACGGGUGUGGGUGAUGGUGGAAGAAGGGUUGGAGCCGGUGGGCUAUGGUGGACGAGUGUGGGUGAUGGAGGAAGAAGGAGGGUUGGAGGUGGUUAGCUAUGGUGGACGGGUGCGAGUGAUGGAGGAGGGAGAAGGGUUGGUGUGGUUCGGUUAUGGUGGACGGGUGUGAGUGAUGGAGGAGGGAGAAGGGUUGGGGUGGUCCGGCUAUGGUGGACGGGUGUGAGUGAUGGAGGAGGGAAAAGGGUUGGGUUGGUCCGGCUAUG